GGCGACCAAUCUCCUUUCAUCGACUGUUUCUGCCUCCGCUUGAGUCGCCUGUUUCCUCGUUCUUGUCUGCAGGUGUGUCGCUGGAACUCCAGAACCGAGCUCCGGUCUGGUUCCUCCCGUGUUGCCUUCGUUUAAACCCGCUCCAACUCCGACCCGCCGCCGGUAGCGAUACCAAGAAUCAUAAACUGACGUUAAAUCUUCAAACCCGUGUCCUUCACUUCAUUUCGAGGGAGGCACCUGUCGUCUCGCCGCUCACCUGUUGUCGCCAUCGAUGGCGGCUCACCGGUAGAAAAGCAGGCGACAAAAGUGCGUUGAAGGGGGAACAGCAACAGGACAAGCGGGACCCACCGGCGAGGACGUUCUGUCAUGGAUCUCCUGGACUCGGGACAGAAGUUCAGUCCGAGACGGGACAGUGACUGGGACACGACCUUCCAGUUUCUGCCGGCCACAGACCCCAAGCAGCUGGAGAAGAAACCAGGCCGCAGGAAGAAGCUGUGGGUGGGAGUCGGCCUGGUGCUUUCAGCCGCCGCGGUGGCUCUUCUGACCGGAAUGCUCGUCUGGCACUACCACUUACGUAGUGACGUGAGAGUGAAGAGAGUUUACAUCGGCGCGAUGGGAAUCAGUCAGCAGCGCUUCCUGCCGGCGUAUGAAGAUCCCAGCAGUCCACAGUUUACUGACCUGGCCACUCUGGUCAGCCAUCAGCUGAAGCUAAUUUAUUCCAAAAACUCUGUGUCGGCCAAAUACUUUCAAGGCUCCACGGUCCAGGCCUUCAGUGAGGGAGACGACGGCGGUGAAAGCCUCGUGGCCUACUACGAGUCAGAGUUCGACGUCCCCGUCCCCCAGCAGACUUCGCUGGAUGAAGCCAUCGAGUCUCUGGAGCCGCCGGCAGAAAGUCAAAAGGGACGACUGCUGCUGAAACCUGUCGACGCUCUGAGCGUUAACAGCGUCAUCUCACGAGCUAUAGAUCCGCGCAUGUCGAGAACCUCUUUAUAUGCGAGGAAGUCCUUCAACAUCCACGUCAGCGAGGCAGGAUCUGUCCAGUCUCCGGGGUUUCCAGACUCUUCGUACCCACCAAACGUCUACCUGCAGUGGAGGCUUCGGGCCGACCCCGGCCACAGAGUGUGGCUGGACUUCAACACCCUGAUCCUGGAAGACGACUGUCAGCAAGACUUCAUCAAAAUCUACGACUCGCUGGCCCCGAUCGAGCACAGCGCUCUGACAGAACAGUGUGGUUACCCUCACGAAUCCCUCUCCUUCUUGUCCUCCGGAAACGUCAUGUUGCUGACGCUGGUCACCAGCGAGGAGAAGAACUUCCCUGGCUUCAGAGCAAACUACUCACAGAUUCCUCUGACGGAACAAAAGUGUGGUGGUAAACUGACUGGAAACAAAGGCUCCUUCUCCUCACCUUUCUUCCCGUCCAACUAUCCUCCACAAGCCACAUGUGUCUGGAAAAUCGAGGUCCCGGAGGAAAAGUUUUUGAAGGUUCAGUUCAACAAGUUCCUCAUGGGAAAUCAAAGCAUCCAGUGUCCCAACGAUUACGUUAAAGUUGACGAUCAAAGACUGUGUGGCAGGAAGUUAAAAAGCACAGUGAUCACCAGAGAAAGCAACAUGAUGACCGUCCAGUUCAGCUCGGACUCGUCCUACGUUGACCAGGGCUUCACCGCCGAGUAUGAAGCCUUUGUGCCAACCAACCCUUGUCCUGGGAGGUUCCAGUGCACCAACAACCUGUGCAUCAACGGGACUCUGCAGUGCGACGGCUGGAACGACUGCGGAGACGGCAGCGACGAGGACGGCUGCGAGUGCGAUGUGACUCAGAUGAAGUGUAAAAACGGACGCUGUAAACCAAAGUUCUGGGAGUGUGACGGGUCUGACGACUGUGGAGACAACACGGAUGAACUAAACUGUGAAAAGUGUAAACUAGGAGAGUUUUCCUGCAGAAAUGGCCACUGUGUCCAUAAGACGUUGAAGUGUGACGGAAAAGACGACUGCACCGACGGAUCUGACGAAUCCAAAUGUGAAAAAUCUCUGGUGCUGCAGCAGUGUUCAGAGUUCACCUACCGCUGCAGGAACGGACGCUGCAUCAGCAAACUGAACCCACAGUGUGAUGGCGAGCAGGACUGUGAGGACGGCUCAGAUGAAGACGACUGCCAAUGCGGGACGAGGCCGUACCGGAGCUCGCGUAUCGUGGGUGGUCAGGUGUCGCGGGAGGGCGAGUGGCCCUGGCAGGUCAGCCUCCACAUCAGGGGUACGGGUCACGUGUGCGGAGCCUCUGUGCUAAGUCCCCACUGGCUGUUGACCGCCGCUCACUGCGUCCAAGACACGGGAGCAAACAAGUACUCGCAGGCGGACCAAUGGGAGGCCUUGUUGGGUCUGCACGUGCAGAGUCAGACCAACGAGUGGACUGUUAGGAGGAACUUAAAGCGGAUCGUUGCCCACCAGGACUAUAACCCCCUUACCUACGACAACGACAUUGCCCUGAUGGAGCUGGACAAGGAGGUCACCCUGAACCAGAACAUCUGGCCCAUCUGCCUGCCCUCCCCCUCCUAUGAUUUCCCAGCAGGCCAAGAGGCGUGGAUCACCGGCUGGGGAGCCACCAGAGAGGGAGGCAUGACCGCGACUGUCCUGCAGAAGGCGGAGGUUCGGAUCCUCAACAGCACGGUGUGUAAGCGUCUGAUGAACGACGAGGUCACGGACAGGAUGAUGUGUGCCGGAGUCCUCAAAGGAGGCGUGGACGCCUGUCAGGGCGACUCCGGCGGUCCGCUGUCAGUCACCGGCCCCAGUGGGCGGGUCUUCCUGGCCGGCUUGGUGAGCUGGGGCGACGGCUGCGCUCGCAGGAACAAACCCGGCGUCUACACCCGAAUCACCAAAUACCGCAGCUGGAUAAAGGAGAAGAGCGGAGUGUAGCAGCAGAGCAUCAGACGGGUCUUCUGAUAUUUAUUACAGCAGGUGAAUGUUCACUCUGGUAGUUUUUAUAUUUUUCUGGUUUCAAAACCUAAAUACUGUAAAAUGAUCUAUAUUCCCAGCAGAAUCAGCUGCUUCUGCAAAAAAACAACAACACAUUCAGUGAAAACUCCAGUAUGUGACCAUGUUAAGAACCAGGGAUAUUUUGGGUCAAUAUUUUUGCUGUGAAUUUCUUUGACGGGGUAAUUUUCAUCAGGUUUCCAUUUCAUUUUUAAAUGAAACAUUGAUGUUUUCCUUUUGAAACUCAUUUUAACGGUUUUGUAAAUAUUGAGAAAAAUGUUUUUAUAUAAACUACUCGCCGCCUCAAAGCUCAUUAUGACAAUCUCCUCUCAGGUUUAACAGGCUCAGUAUUGGCACUCGGUAGAACUCAUCCAACUCCCUAAAUUCAAUCAAGCCACCAAAUUGCACACACUCAGAUAUCAGUCCCCUUAUUUAUAUCGUUAAGAUGAUUAAUUCCGUGGGAAAUUGGUGAAAAAAUACAAUGUUAAAGACCGGAUCCCGUUCAAAAUGCCAUGGAUUCUUUCUUGGCCCAUGUCCCAUCCGUCCACCAAGGAAACCUGUUCUGAAGUUUUUGUGUAAUCCUGCUGACAAAACGGACAGGGAUUAAAAUAUAAAACCUCCUUGGCCGAUGUAACCAAGUUCGCAGUUCAGGUUAUCAGGACGGUAAAUGUUAUGUUCAGUGAAGCCUGAUGAAGGAAAACAUAGUGUGGAUAUGUUGAACUUGCUUCGUUGUGCUGAUCUUGAUUGAAAAUGCCAUGCGGUCUUAAUUUGGAAUAAAUUAAUUAAUGGUCUUUCUUAUUGUCAAACACAUUUUUUUACUCUUUAUUGUCAAUAUUAAUCAUAAAUUGUAAAAAAAAUUGUAUCAAUAGAUUAUGAUUUGUUAUCUCUAAUUUGGGUGUUUUUCAUCUGAAACGAAAAAUCGGUCGGUUUCUUAUUUCUAUAUAUAGCUCAAAAAAAUGAAUCCAGUGUGCUGUUAUAUAAAUGAUUAAAUUAAUCCUCAGGGAACCAUCCUUGGUCCCCUGAGGAUUGACACAACACUUGUUAAAAACCAUGGCUCCUCCAAUGAUGUUCUUUGAAGCUCAAUUUGCCACCGUGGUUUUGUAAAAUAAGGGCUACUUUUCAAAGUUAUCAAAACAAAAAAGAAAAAGAUGCAUAAUUAAAAAAAAAGAAUUGCAUUGAAACUUGUUGUCAGUCAAUAUUUAAUAGUUGUGGGCCACAUUAAUAAUUAUGUGGCCCAAUUUUGAAAAUCAAACGUGAUUACCUUGAAAAAAGUAUUUAUGUUGUAGAUUUAAAGCUGCGUAAAGCAGCUUGUUUCUGUUAGUUGUUUUUUGUAUUAAUAUUUUGUUUGCAGUGAAAUGUCUGCGGAUUGUAUUUAUUUGUACAGUGUUUUUUAACAGCUGGUUUCACAUCUGUCUUUGCUUUUAUACUAGUUAAAUGUUAAGUUUGGGAUGCAGGAAUAUGAACAAUUUAUGCAUUUAUAUUAAAGGAUGAGGCUUGUAGUCGCAGAAUGAAAGAAUUGUUAAACUAUUUUUAUUUUCUCAGAUAAGUGCGUUGAUUUCUUUGCUGUGGCAGCAUAUUCAUCACUGUGGAAGGAAAACUGAGGGAACUCUAAUGUGACUCUCUUAUUCUUUAAGCCUGGUUAAGUUGUAUUUGAGGGGUUUUUUUUUAUAUUCAUCUCAAGAUUUUAGAGACACAGGUUGAGAUAAUGAGCAAUUUAAUUAACUGAUUUUAUGUGGCUGAAACAAGCCAGGGCUUAAGUUGCAAAUUCUUUGAUGAAGGUACAUGCUUUUGUUAUUUUUAAUGGAAUUGAAUGUUUCCCCUUUUUGGGAGUAACUGGCAAAGCUCAUGCAAUAAAACAUGUAUAAACAAAAUGCAAUCACA